CGCCCCUCCUCCCCACGAUUGAUGCCAGCCAUGUGUUACUCUUUGAACCUGACAUCAACAACAUAUUGACAGUCUGCAUUUUAUCGCCAACUCAACGCCUGCAUCGGCCGGACGCCAGACCAUUGCAAUCAUGGCUGCGAGGAGCGUUUCGAUGCUCAAGUUUGUCGGCACCGUGUCGCUCGGUGUCCUGACAGGCCUCUCCUACACACUCACCUCACUCACGAUCCCCGCCCUCCUGACCCUCCCCUCAGCCGGCACGGCGGCACGGGCCUUCGACAUCCUGACCACCACAGCGGCGCGCCACGCCCGCUCGCUCGCCGCCGUAUCCUCCUCCGCCUUCAUGCUCGCCUACUGCCUCUCCCCCCGCCCACUCCGCCACCCCUACCUGCUCUACGUGUCGACCCUCGUGCUCGGCUCGCACUUUGCCGGCACCGAGCUGCUCGCGCCCUACCUGCUCGCGCUCGGCCCGGCCCGCCCGGCGUCGUCCGCUGCCGCCACGCCCGCGGCCGCGGCCCGGGACCGGCAGAGGGAGAGGCAGAGGCGGGAGAGGGAGCAGCGCGCGGCCGCCCGCGCGCGCAUGGAGGCCAGCUACGAGCUGCUCGGCACCGCCGGGUCGGACGCCCACAGCGAGGCCAGCGAGGAGCUGGAGGCUGAGGAGGCCGCCGAUGUGAACGGCGAGCAGGUCCGCGCGGAUGUCGAGGUCUUCCUCAAGAAGCAGAUUGUGCAGAGCGCGCUCUCCGGGCUGGGGUUCCUCCUCUCCGUGGUGGGUAUCUGGGGUGAUGGGGUCGCUCCCGUCUACGGGCAGGCAGUGCUUAUCGAGGUUUAGGGGACGAGUGGUAGUGGUUGGUUGAGGAUGGAUGGAUGCGGGUACAUUUGAUCGGAUCUGAGAUUGCGUUGCUGGUGACGGUUCGGGUGUUGCGGAGCUUAUAUUAUUUCGUGCGAGAGACAUCUUCUCCUCUCUGGGUCUUGCUCAAAACUUUGCAUUACUUGCUGCUUUCUUUAAGAGACUGUAUCUACGACCAAAUGGGAAGCGAUACUAUGGUUUAGGCCAGUGUCCCCAGAGCAAUUGUAGCUGAUGAAGCGUGCGUUUCUGGUUUUUGCCCUGAAGACACAUAGAAGAUAAGGCCAACCUUUUUGUCACCACCUCGUCGCUC